GAUUAAUUAACUGGCAAGUUCCAAAACCUAACCUCGCUUCCUACCUUGUAUUAUUGCAUUGCUAGUUAGUUCACCGGGAAAACAGAGACAAGAGGUGUAUUGUGAAUAAUCAAGUAAGUGGCAAAAAUCAUGGGAUUAGAGGUAGCAUGGUAUGAUUUUGUGUGUUUUGGAAUAGUUGGCGCGGCCUUUAUAGGUGCCUUAUUUGUGCUGGGGAUGAACGAAAGGGCAUCCCAAAGAGAUUUCGACAACAUGUACGUGAGCCUUCUGUUGACCCGACCAGACAAUGAAGUAACCGUGAAUGUGUUGCCCAGAGGCCACGUCAGCACCUCUCAGUUAUGGACCAGUUGUUGGCGAGGAUUGAACCCUUUCUACCUCCUUGCUUCGCGUUUUCUUUCCUUUGUGAUCAUGCUCCUCAUCUUAGUCUGGGAUAUUCUUAAAUACGAUGCAAGCAUCUUUAUGUACUACACAGAGUGGACUUUCACAUUGGUUACCAUAUAUUUUGCGUUGGGGACCAUAGUAUCUGCAUAUGGAUGCUGGCAGUUCUUUAAGAAACCUCCCGUUGACAAUGGGGGAAGGACAAUGUCUAUAAACUCUAUAGCCUAUCAAGAGAAAGAAACCAUUGGUUCCAGCACGUUGCAAAGCCGAUAUGUUGAAGACGAGUUUCAACAAAGAACUGGGUUCUGGGGUUAUGUCAUGCAAACUACAUAUCAGACAUCUGCAGGGGCUGCCAUCCUAACAGACAUUGUAUUUUGGUGUGUUAUAGUCCCAUUCUUAUCAAUUGCUCGUUUGAGACUAAACCCGUUGAUGGGCUGCAUGCAUAUAUUGAAUGCAGUAUUCCUUCUUUUGGAUACAGCUCUUAAUAAUCUUCCGUUUCCUUGGUUUAGAAUCUCCUAUUUUGUGCUCUGGAGCUGUGGUUAUGUCAUUUUUCAAUGGAUCAUCCACGCCUGUGGUUUGGAAUGGUGGCCAUAUCCAUUUCUCGAGCUUAAUACGAAGUGGGCUCCUCUCUGGUAUUUCUGCUUGGCGGUAAUUCACAUCCCUUGCUAUGGCAUGUAUUCCCUGAUAGUGCUAGCGAAAAAUAAGAUUUUCCCCAGACUCUUCCCUCGAGCAUUUUUGAGGCCAUACUAGUUUGGUUGUAAUUGGAAAUAGGGGAAAACGAGGGCGUGUUUGUUCCGGAUAUAUGGUCUCACACAUCAAGAAAGAUGCUCAAUUUCAUAUCUCAGGAACGAUGCUUAGUUCAGCAUGAAUUUUUUUACUGAUUUGUACGUUAGGAAGAUUUCUUUCAGUUACUCCUUUGACAGAACAAGAUACUUGUUUUAAUCAUUUCUCUUUUCAAUUAGAUUUAUAAAGUACUGAAUCACUCAC